GAGAAGGAACCAGAUUGCACAUCUAGUACCACGGAAGUUUGGCGCGCGACUCGGCGAUGCGCCUGCCUGCCGGGCACUUGGUACCGCUAGGCUGGAGAUGAAUCAUUCCUCCCGCCUGUGCGGGGAACCUACUACCCGGAGGCCGCGCGUCACCUUGGCGGGGGGGUCGCGCCCUACGAACUACGUGCACGGCGGCGUACCUAUGACCCGGGUACGCACGCCGGGAGAGACGGAGGGACAAGGGACGCCUUCUCCCUCCCGCGCCCGCUUGUCGAGGGCUGCCUGACUCUUUUGUUGUUUUUCGUUGUUCCUUCCGUUUUUUGCUGUUUUCUUCUACGGAUGAACAAACGCCCGCCUCGUGUUCUCUUUGUUUUUUUGUUUUUUUGUUUUUUUGUACUUUUUUAUCAUGGUGGAUAAACGAAAGACACGUGACCCAUCUUCCUAACAAAUUAGUUUUUUUAACUGGAUUGCACCGGAUGUUGCCUAACAACAAUAAUCAACAUGCCGCUUGUGUGUUUGUUCUAUUGCCGCAUACAUCUCUAAACCAAAUUGCCACUUCACACCUACCUGCACUCGCCAACAGCGGAGUCGGCGUGAUCAUCCUGGCGGGGGAGGGAACCCUAGCUUUCUGCUCAGGCGGCGACCAGAGGGUGAGGGGGGAAGGCGGCUACGACGAUGGCUCGGAGGACGUGCCCCGCCUGAGGGUGCUGGACCUCCACGUGCAGAUGCGCCGGUGCCCCAAGCCGAUCAUAGCGAUGGUGGCCGGGUACGCCGUGGGCGGGGGGCACAUCCUGCACAUGGUGGCCGAUCUCACCAUCGCCGCCGAUAACGCGGUUUUCGGGCAGACGGGGCCCAGGGUCGGAAGAUCCACAGCAGGAGACACUUCUUUGUGCCGCUUUUUUUUUUUUUUGUGGUGAGCACGCACGGCAUGGGGGUGCCUUUGGCGUCCGCCUUGUCGGAGUUAAGGCAGGAAGCACAUUGUGACGUCGAAGACAUGGCACCCUUCGGAGUAGGAUGUGACCCAGAAUCGGCUGCGAGGUUUGUUUGUCGCGUUCGACUUUUCAAGCUCGCUUCAACAUGCAGCAGGCGGGGCCGAAAUGAGCGAACGUGUUGGCUUUUGCGAUGUUCAUUCAAGGUAACAGGGCCCCAGAUGUUGUGAUCAACCUAGCUGGGGAUGAACCAUCGAAACAGCGACGGAUGGUAUGCAUAGCUUUUUCACCACCUACUCUAUCCGCAGCACUGGGGGAGGGGCAUCGUUUUUUUUGGUAUGACGCCUUGUGGCUUCAAAUGGCAAAUGGCCAGGAACCACUUGCGGCAGCGGUACGCCAACCAUCCAUCCGUUGACUCAAGAACAUUGCUUUGAAGCACUCCCACCACGACUACUGCCGUUUAGCUUUGAUGCAGGGUACGGCUCGACGCACAUGGCGCGAAUCGUGGGGCAGAAGAAGGCCAGGGAGAUCUGGUUCCUGUGCAGAUACUACUCCGCUAAGGAGGCCCUUGACAUGGGGCUGGUCAACACGGUCGUGCCUCUCGACGCGCUAGAGCUGGAGACCUUGAAGUGGUGCCGACGAAUAGUCCAGAACAGCCCUACGGCGAUAUCGUGCCUGAAGGCGGCCCUCAACGCCGACGAGGACGGACAGGCGGGCGUCAUGCAGCUCGCUGGCAACGCGACGCGGCUCUUCUACCUCUCCGAGGAGGGCAAGGAGGGCAAGAACGCCUUCCUCGAGAAGCGAAAACCCGAGUUCCGGAAGCUGCUCACUUCCAAGUUGUGACCCCACGCAUGAGUUGCUGCUGCCGGUUUUCGUCCUUUGGGAUGAUUGCACAGCAGGAAGCGAGAGGAGAGAGCUGGGUGUCCGAGGGAUUCUUAAGGCUGAUCGCUUCCAAGUUGAGACCCGACGCAUCUGUUCGUUCUCUGGAAUGACCGCACAGCAGGGAGAGAGAGAGAGAAAGAGAGAGCUGGGCGUCCGAGGAGUUCCGAAAACUGUUCACUUUGUUGUGUUUUGGCCCGAUACGCCGCGGCGUGCCCCCU